AUGUCAACGGAGACCAGCGUCAUGUCCGGUCCUGAUGAGGAAGCUGUCAUCUACAGCCAGAGUAGAAUGCUACAGGACCCGACAGGCCGGGUUCUGUACAUUGGUGACUCGGCAACACUGUCAUUCCUCCAGCUGCUGAGGAUGAUGGUUGAGACCGUGGCUGGUUCAUCACCCUUCACCAAUGAAGCGUUCUUCAUCAAUACUCAUGGACUGCUGCAGGUCUUCGAGCGCGAUGCCUUCAUGGAGCAGCUGAGUGGUUGCUACGCAGAUCCGCUGUCCGUGGAGUCGUCCUGGCUAUGCUUGCUAAACCUUGUCUUUGCCAUCGGAUUGACCAUGGCAACACCACUUUCUGGCAGUCCUGAGGCGCUGAUAGUUGACAAGCUCCGGAGCGAGCACCUUGAUCGAGCCGAGGUCUUCUAUCUGAAUGCGAGAAGCCUGAACGACCCCAUGACUGGAUUCGAGGAUCAGGACUUCUGGGCAGUGCAGGCAUUGCUCUUGAUGGCUGUGUACAUGCUUGCCAAAUCGAAGCGAAACACAGCUUUUGCACCACUCGGAAUGGCAGUACGGUCUGGUUACGCUCUCGGUCUCCACCGAGAAGAGACCAUGGCGAUCUUUAGCCAAGAAGAGCAGUUGUCCCGCAAGAAUCUUUGGCGAUCACUCUUUGUUAUUGACCGCCUACUUUCGUGCUCUCUAGGCCGACCAACCGCAAUAUCGGACGACGACUGUUCAGGUGACGCUCUUCAUCCCGCCGAACAGCCUGUCGAAUCAGUCAACCUUAGCAUACACUCGAGACCAGGUCACAAUGAAACCGGGCCUCGUGCACUGGAGGCUGCUGUCCGGAGUUGCUCAGUGAUCGGAACGAUACUGAAAAAGGUCUACCAGCAACGGAAGAUAAGCACUCGCCUUGCUCAAGAGAUCGCGGACAUCUGCAAGUCAUGGCCACGGUCGCUGCCCGAUAUGCUGCACUGGCGGCAGGCAGCUAACGCCUCGCCGAGUCAAGGCGUUGCGAUCCUGCACGUCAACCUGUUCUAUUGCCACUCUAUCGUUCUGCUGACGCGUCCAUUUUUCCUUUACAUAUUGAAUCUAGAGACACAACGACAAGUCGGUCAAAGCGCAACUCGGGGACCACGACCAUACCUUCGCAUGGAAAAGUUUAGUGAAGCUUGUGUGAUAGCAUCGACACACACCAUUCUCCUCGUACAGAAUGCUUUUGAUGCCGGCCACCUCUCGCGGCGGAAUCCAGCUGUCAUCUACUUCCUCUUCGCUGCGGCACUCGUCAUCCUAUCUAACGAAUUUGCCGGUCUCUACCGUGUAGACGCCUCAGACACAUGCAUUGUCAAUGCCAUCAGCAUCAUGAACUACUGCGGCGAAAGUGAUCAACAGGCCAGUCGUCUUGUAUACAUUCUCAGCGCCUACCGCGACGUCGUUGCACAACAGCGAAUGCGGAGGAAGCAGACCAUGACCGACAAUACUACUCUGCCAAGCAUAUCGUCGCAGCUCUAUGGCGUACCCAUGUCGAAUCAGCAGCAGGGUCCGAACGAUGGCAGUCUGGCGAAUACCACGAACCCCAUGACUGCAACUUCUCAUCUCCACCAAGUUCCUAUACACAUCUACCCAGGCAUGGAAACGGCCCCAAUAAGUUCACCUACCCCAUCGUUCCAGCCGCGUCAUGUCUCGCAACCCACUGACUUCUCCGUACACCUUUCACCAAUCAUCCAAGACCCGUCCUUCGAUAUUACCACCAACUCCAUGAACACACCGUUGUCUAAACCACCGUCGCUUUCCACGAUGCUAGACCUGUCGGCUCUGGACGGUACUAGGGUCCCGAGUCUGCACUCUGAAGAUAGUGGGCAGGAUGAACAGAUCGAUUUCGAUGCGCUGUGGGCGUGGCCGAGUAAUACGCCGGCCAUGGGAAGUCCAAGUAAUACGCCGGCCAUGGGAAGUCCAAGAGGCGAGGUGGUACGGAUUGGAGACAGUGUUGUGCCGCUUUUUGGGAUCGAUAGGAAUGGGACGGGAAGUAGUAGGGAUACUUGA